UCCAAUUGCAACAUCUAGUUGAGGAUAACAAUUUCUAGAAUCAUGGAUCAAAAUUGAUUAUUUGAGCAAAGGUUGAAUUAGAAAUAAGGUAUUAACCCAUUCAACUCAUGUUGCCUCCAUGAACAACAACAAAAGCAAUAUAUGAUGUGAUGGUUGAUCACCAUUGUGGAUGGGAUUUAAUCAACACAAACAGAUCGAAUGAGGAUAUUGCCAAUUUACCAUUUAGGUUAUGGAUAUUGGAUAAGAGGAAGGGGAGAAUCGAGUGGUUGCGGAGGAUAAACCAAAACCAACAAGGAAUCGCCACAGCCACUCUCCAUUUCUUCCCAAACCCCAAAUGGCCACCUCGAUCGCCACCACCGCCACUCCCGUUCUCCCCCAAUCACACCGCCACUUCUCCGCCGUCGCCGCCGGCCCAACUCCAAAACCACCGCUGGCCCAAUUCCCCAAAACCCAAAUCCUCACCACCCUCACCGCCACUUUCGCCGCCGCCACAAUCCUGACCGCCGGCUUCCCUUCCCUAGCCGAACCAAGCAAUUACUCCCUCUACUACGGGACGGCGGCCAGCGCCGCCAACUACGGCGGCUACGGGGGAAACUCCGACAAGAAGGCCUCCUCCGAAUACGGCACCAACGGCACCGACAGCGAGUUCUUCAACCCGAAGAAGAAGGCCGAAAAGGAGUACCUGACUUUCCUCGCCGGGUUCCGCCAGCUGGCUCCCCGCGACGCCGUGCUCGACAAUCUGGCGCUCUCCGACGUCGAUCUCCAGGAUCUGAUCGCCACGGCAGAGGGAGUGGCGAGCGAGGAGAGGAAGGAUGAGAGCGGCCAGGUGUAUUACGAGUACGAGAUCGACGGAGUGGGGAAGCAUAGCUUGAUUAAGGUGACUUGUGCUAGGAAUAAGCUCUAUGCUCAUUUUGUCAGUGCGCCGGCGGCCGAGUGGAAUCGUGAUCGGGAUACUUUGAGGCAUCUCCAUGAAUCGUUCAAAACUGUUGGGUGAUUGAAAUUGAACCCCGGAUUUGAGUUGAUUUUGUAUUGUAUUUUGACCUGACAUGAGUGAAGAAAAUGGUGGGCUGUGUAUAAAACUCCAAUCGGCCUUUUUGCUUUGUUCAUAUACCCUGAAUAAGUAGUCUCUGCUUCG